CGCCACCCUUCCCAGCUGAUGGUUUCACUACUUCAAAUGACCCCCAAGUGCCGUCUGGGUUCCUAAGGGCAGGAAAGCUGCGAUGUGCCUUGUGAAGAAGAACACGUCAAAGGAGCUUCUCCCAGGCAGGAAUGAGUUACAGUGCCCCUGCUCAUGAGUUCCAUGUUAAUGAAUCUGUGUCAUAUAUGUAGAAGGCAUCUCUAAACAGAGACCUGCAUAAAACAGGGUUAUACACCACUGCUUGGCAAACGUGUGAUGGCUCGCCGGACUCAAGCAGGAUGUUUCUCUUAGGAGCAGUUGUUCGGGGAGGGCUGAUGAUUCAGGAUUGGAGGCAACUUUGUAGAACAUGGAUACUGCAGAUGAGGAGGGCGGAUGGGACUGUUACCAGUGCUGCUGGUCACCGAGGAGCCGGGCUGGGAGACGCUGGGCAGCGAGGUUUCGGACCCCACCUUCGCUGAUGGCGAGCUCAUCCCCAGGGAACCUGGCUUCUUUCCCGACGACGACGAGGAGGAAGCCAUGACCCUGGCCCUGCCUGAGGGCCCCCAGGAGUCAGACACGGACAGCCCCAUGGAGGGCGCUCAGAGCCUGGAGGGGUCUGUCGGGAGUCCCGCCGAGGAGAAGGAGCGGGGGAUCGGGGGCCUGUUUCUGUCAGAGGACAAGUCCCUGGCCCACACUCCAUCCAUGACGACGUCGGACCUCUCCACGCACUCCACCACCUCACUCAUCAGCAACGAGGAGCAGUUUGAAGACUACGGCGAAGGGGAUGACGUGGACUGUGCCCCCAGCAGCCCCUGCCCUGAUGACGAGACCAGGACCAACGUCUACUCAGACCUGGGCUCUUCAGUGUCUUCCAGCGCGGGACAGACCCCGAGGAAGAUGCGGCAUGCGUACAACAGCGAGCUGCUGGAUGUGUACUGCUCUCAGUGCUGCAAGAAGAUCAACCUGCUGAACGAUUUGGAAGCCAGGCUGAAAACCCUGAAGGCCAACAGCCCCAACCGGAAGAUCUCUAGCACGGCGUUUGGACGGCAGCUCAUGCACAACAGCAACUUCAGCAGCAGUAACGGCAGCACAGAGGAUCUGUUCCGUGACAGCAUUGACUCCUGUGACAAUGACAUCACAGAGAAGGUGAGCUUCCUGGAAAAGAAGGUGACGGAACUGGAGAACGACAGCCUGACCAGCGGGGACCUGAAGAGCAAGCUGAAGCAGGAGAAUACACAGCUGGUGCACAGAGUGCACGAGCUAGAGGAGAUGGUGAAGGACCAGGAGACCACGGCUGAGCAGGCGCUGGAGGAGGAGGCCCGGCGACACCGCGAGGCCUACAGCAAGCUGGAGCGGGAGAAGAGCACAGAGCUGGAGCUGCUCAGUACCAGGGUGCAGCAAUUAGAGGAAGAAAAUACCGAGCUUAGAACAACUGUGUCUCGACUCAAGUCUCAAACAGAGAAGCUGGACGAGGAGCGGCAGCGCAUGUCCGACCGGCUGGAGGACACCAGCCUGCGGCUCAAGGAUGAGAUGGACCUGUACAAGCGCAUGAUGGACAAGCUCCGGCAGAAUCGCCUCGAGUUCCAGAAGGAGCGGGAGGCAACGCAGGAGCUCAUCGAGGACCUGCGGAAGGAGCUAGAGCACCUGCAGAUGUACAAGUUGGACUGUGAGCGGACGGGCAGGGGCCGCAACUCCUCCUCCAGCCUGGGCGAGUUUAACGCCAGGGCCCGAGAGGUGGAGCUCGAGCAUGAGGUCAAGCGGCUGAAGCAGGAGAAUCACAAGCUACGGGAUCAGAACGACGACCUGAAUGGACAGAUCCUGAGCCUCAGCCUCUACGAAGCGAAGAACCUCUUUGCCACCCAGACCAAAGCCCAGUCUCUGGCUGCAGAAAUAGACACAGCCUCUCGAGACGAGCUCAUGGAAGCCCUAAAGGAGCAGGAGGAGAUCAACUUCCGGCUGAGGCAGUACAUGGACAAGAUUAUCCUAGCCAUCCUGGACCACAACCCCUCCAUCCUGGAGAUCAAACACUGAGCCAGGCUAGCUGCAGAGCAGCCUCAGGAACCUGGGACCAAGGGGCAGGCCUGCUUGAGGACACAGGGCGGCUGCACACUCACACUCACGCCAUAAAUGUACCUCUGACCACCACGCAUACCGUGCCCUGGUGUACGCGGGAGGGUGGGGUGUUAGCGUGGGGCCAUGGUUGUGAGCGGCACCUGCACAGUGAGCUGUUCUACAUGCUCUGGGCCCCUUGCCGAGGGCCGAGGGUGCUGGAAGUGCAGGGGCGGGCGUGCUCUUGGGAGUGACCGUAAUAAGGAGAACUGGAAGCACGUGUUUGAGAUACUGGAUGAAAUGAUUCUACCUCUGGGGAGGAGGAUGAGGAAACGCCCUAGUGAGACAGCGCCCACCCCACCCGACCUGCUGGGGCGGGAGCGCCAGGAGCUGGGUCGCCCUCGCCAGGCUCCAUGGCUGCUGUUCACAUCUGGGUGUUGGAGCUUGGUGAGGAGGAAGGGGCGCUGGGGGAGCUCCUGCCCUCGGGGCCCGGGGUGGCUGGGGUGCACGGGACCGGAGGACGCGGGUUCGCUGGGCAGCUGCACGGGCCUCCCUCUCUGGUAGCGUCCGUGGCAUUUUUAGGUUCUUUGUGCCCUCUCCAUCCCUGCUUACCUACCUCCCUUUUCUGUUUUAGUUUUGUUUUUAAAACAGUGAAAUAUAAGGACCAUUCACUUGGGUAUAAAAUAAAAGAAUGAAAAAGAAGGUGAGGAAGAAGAUUGGGACCUGGAGGCGUGUGAGGCCAGUGUUGGACACAGGCAACCAAAGAAAUGAUUUCCGGAGAGGAGCCCGCUCCCCAGCUUGACAUGGCUGAGGCCCAUCCCGCCCACCGCGGCUCCACACGGCCUGCGGAGGGCUGGUCUCGGCAGGGUCUGGGAGUGCAGGCUCUGGGUGCCCCUGGGAAGUAACAAGGCCCCCACUCCAGCCCUGAGGAGCAGACCUGUGUCUGCUUCUCCACCAGGAGUGCUGCUGCAUAGGGGCUUGAGGGCGCACUUGGCAGAGUUGCAGGGAAACCUUAGUCUUCCACCCUUCUGACCUGCGGUGGGAAUUCACACCAGGGAUUUUUUAAUGUGAUCUUUUGUUCCAAGGGCUGGGAGUAGAUACGGUACUUGCCUUUGAGUUUUCCAUUUUAUCUCAAUUUUAUAUAGCUUGUGAUUUGUUUCCUUAACCCAAAUCAAUACACACAACAUGUGGUUUAUUUCUUUCCCUGCAGCUCUUUGUAUUCUUAAGCACAUCUAGGGUAAGAAGCAAGGUUGGGGCUGGGAAGGUGCCGGAGAUGUGUGUGCAGGGCAGGGAGGGCGUGGAAGGUCGAAGAAGGGCCUGGGGGACUUGGCUGUGCUCCGUGCCUGACAGAGACAGGGCUGCGGCCAGGACCAGUCUUCAUACCAUUCCAGUCAACUUGUGCUUUUGUUAGAUUUCAUGAUUCCUUCUUAAUCAUAUGUGUGGGGUUUGUUUCAUGCUUCAAAUAAUGGGUUGCACUGGUGUUCCCAGGACUGGAGCCACCCACGCCCAGCAGACUGGGAGGACUGGUCUCUGGGAGCCUUUGCUCUUGGUAUCCAGGUCUCCUUAGGCUCCCCCAAGGGUCUGAGAGGACACAGGCAAAGACCCCCUGAGGAGUGGGUGUCUUGAGAAUUUGCUAGAAGGCCAUGACUUAAAGAUAAAAGACAGAUCAUGGUGUCAGGCUAGGUUCACUGUUGGAAGGUGGCCUUCAGAAGCCAGUGAAGUCAGGGUUCUGGUCCGUGAAGGGCUUAGCCCAGAGAUGAGUAUUUUACACAUGGAAUUGUGUAUGCUCCUAAGCUGCAUUGAUGCAAAUUUCCAGAGCUGGCAGUAGAGGCCAUGGUCAGAGUCAAUAUAGAAAGGAAUCUGCUAUGGGAAAAGGGGGCGGGAAGCUGUCAGCCUGCACUGCUCUGCCUGCUCCUCCCUAUGGGGAAUGGACUACACCAGGAGGUGCAGUCUGAAAGCCACCUAGACCUAGGCCAGUGCCAGAGAGGCCUGUGGAAGAGGGCCUUGUAACCGAGGAACUGAAUUCCAUGAAGCACACCUCCAGUUAAUUCCAGCCUUACUGCCUUCAACCAGAACGUAUGUCUUACGAAAUCUCAUCAGUCAACUUGUUUUUUUCAGACCAUGUAUGUCUUAAAUGCACUUCUGGGCUUGAAAGUUAACCAGAGGGGGCAGAGAGCCCAGGGUCUCCUCAGCCCCUGGGACUGUUCCUCAGCCCCUGGGGCAGGCUCCAAAGCUGUGCCGGAUAAGAUAGAUUUGAACAACGCAUAAUUUUUAACUUUCAGAAUAUGAUCUAUGCCAUACUUGGGACGUAUUGAAAAUUAUCUUUUAAAAAUUCAGAUCUCCGGAUGUUCUGGUUUAAUUAGUAUAGGUGUGGCUCAGGCCUUGAAGUGUUUUACUAGUGCUCCAGCUGACUCUUAAUUUAUCUGAGUGUCUUUUCUGGGAAGUUUGGUAUUUUCUAUUUUUGUUUGUUGCCAAACCUGGCAACCCUAACAAAUAGGAAUUACCAGAAAUUUGCCUGAAGUUAUAGGUGAUUUUUCUACAAUUGAGGGAAGUGGGGGGGGGUGUAGAAGAGGGACCUUUUGAGCCAGGUGAAGUAGCACACGCCUGCAAUUCCAGCUACUCAGGAGGCUGAGGCAGGAGGAUUGCAAGUAUGAGAACAAUUUGGGCAACAGAACAUGACCCUAUCUCAAAAAACAGACCUGGGGAUAUAGCUCUGGUUUUGCUCCCCAGUACCAAAAAGAAAACAGGCACAUUUUACCUGACAUGGAGCUGCCAUUACAUUCACCUGCAGGCCAAACGAAGUUUUUUUAAACUUUGCAUGGGCCAGAGUGAAAUGUAGGUCCAUUUAUUUUAAACUGGUAGAUUUGAGAAUUGUCAGGGAAAUCCCUUUCUCUUGAUUCAUUUCUGAUGUAGUAAAAAGACAGAGCUCAAGAACCUCCUGAAGCGCUGUGUCCCGGAAGAGAGGUUUGCAGCUCUGGCUGUCACUGGAGUCAGUUCUGAUGCUUGGGUUGCCUCCCCACCCCCACCCCAUGGUUCAGAUUUAACUGAUGUACGUGUGGCCUUGGCAUCGGGACCUGUGCAGACCUCCCCAGUGAUGCUGAGGUGCAGCUCAAGGUGAGACCCCAUUAUUCCGGAGGUGGUUGGCCAGAGGGAGAGGAAAUAGGGCUUGCUGAGCCAAGGCUAGAGAAGAGCAGGUCCUCUGCGGGUACAGUCAAUGGUGGCUUCCUCCUGUGGUGGUAAUGUUGAGUGGUCCUUGCCCCGGGAUAGGAGGCCAAGUGCCUUCAGGAUAGCCAGGAGGUUAGCAAGCCUGAGUGGGUGGCAGGGUCUCUACCUGGUUCCCCCAGAGUCGCACGUGACGUGUUGGGAUAAACUGACAAGACUCACUCCACAGUGGGAGGAGAACCGUCGCCGAGAGCUGUCCCUAUGAGCGAUGGCCACAGCGGCCACCUGUUUGUGUCACAGAGCAGGAGGGGACACUGGCUUUGUGGAUUCUGCCCAUUUCCUGACGGCAACUGAGGGAAGCCUGCGCUCUUCCCAGCCAGCAGCCUGCUUGUGCCCUGGAGGCUCCCGGUGCCAGUCUGCUGGCCAGUCCGCUCCCUGGCCUAACAAGGCUCUGACCCAGUGAGGGGCUCAACAGCAGCCAGAGCCUGCAGCAAGGCCUGGUAGGGCAGGGAGAAAUUGGGUCCUCUCGCUGUGCUGUGCCGGUGAGACGUGGGCCGCUCUAACCCUAACUACGUGUGAUUGGAAUAGGACAGUUGGGGUGGUUACCAUCUGAAGAUCCCCAGAGACCCUGCGGAGGGCCAAGGUGGAGUCUGGAUUGAGGAGGGGCCAUUUAGGACUGUGGUGCUGGCCGCCUCCGUGGUCUUUACUCCCAGGCUCCCUCUUGGGGACCCAUGGUCUCCCCUCUGAGUGGCAUUUAAGGCUAGUAAGACUGAGGUGUGCCUCACAGAAGGCCUCAAAUGAAGAGGGGCCCUGCCCUCACCAGGUGACUUGGAGCACUGAUCUUAGGGACCUCCUGGUCCUGACAUCCUGCUCUGUGUGCGGUGGUGACGGGCAGCAGGGGAGGCAGUAGGGAUAAAACCGCGGGCCUGCCUUCCCCGCCUGGCAAGACAGCCCUUCUGCCAUCCCCCAGCUGCCCCCUGAGAAAACAGCUGUGUUCAAGAAGUUUCUUCCUCAACGCGGAACCCAGUUGGGGGAACGCCGCCAUCCCUCCUGAGUACGAGGCUUCCCAUGUGACCUCGCUGCCCCAACCCCGCAGGCCCCUCCUCCAUUGUGACUGUAAUGUUGGGAUGUCAGCCCAGUUGAGAAUGGCAUCCCAGGCCACCCCUCCUGCAGGUCUGAGUGCUGAUGUCCCGGGGGUGACCCUGUCUCUCUCCUGCUGGGACCGUCCGCUUUGCUGUGCUGCACAGGCUGUGAUUUUUGUCUGCAUGGUUUGGGGUCCUUGUCCGUGUGCCUUUUUCCGUCACCUCUGUGCAGGAUUCUCCUCAUGACCCACUGCCCGUUUUUUAUGUCUCCUCUCCUCUCCUCUCCCCAGCCCUGGAAACGUGUAACGCGCAUCUGCUUUGUAGCCUCGUGCCUCCACCGUGUACGGCCUUGCUCGCAGGCACAUCUACCCUGAGGGUCAGCCCCACUUCCCCUUGGCUCACCCAGUCUUGUAGACACUUUGUACAGAAUUUUUCAUCGUUGUCUUAAGCGUGAGGGUGCCUAGUCCCUCAUCCAGCCCGCAGGUAGUUUAGAAGCCUUGCUUCCCAGAAGUGGGUAACUUUGUGUAAUGCAGCGUCUCCCACACACCUCUUCCUGUGUUGAUGUGGAUAUUUAUAGACGGCAGAGUACACUUCGAAUCUGGGGCACUGGUCCCAGCAGGGACGUCACAGGUCUGCAGCAGCUACAGUACCCACUCUGCCUCCAGAGGGGGCCCUGGCUGUGUGGCUCCCAGUGCUUGGCAAAAGGCAACAGCCUCUGGUGCAUAGAACAGCUGCGGGCCCAGCUGGGCUGAAGGAAGAGACUGCUGCUCUCCCUGCCUGCUCUUACUUCCUGCCCAGCCCGCCUCGUCUGCCGAAGGUGCUCAGACCAGAGUGCCAUUAAUAACACCAGACUGUCAGGACUCAAGGGGACGGUGCAUGCGAGCGGACUCAGCCCGUUAGCUCCCUCUGUCCAGCUCUUCUCACCUGGGCCGGGUCUCCUGGGGCCCAGGCCAAAAACACUGCCCACGUGGCCUCAUUGGCCAGGGGUUGGUUAGCUUGCUUUUGACUCUCCAUGGGAUUCAGCCUGGGUGUUUUUGCCCCAGGAGCCUGUGUCUGGGAACAGUUCUGGGGCUAGAGUGGGACGUCCACGUUCCGGUCCUGGGGAGGGCAGUGUGGGCUGAGGCCCCAAGGCUGAGUCCCGGGUCCUGAGCUCUCGCCUGAAGCCUGCUUCCCCCCAGAAGGGAGCAGGCUGUCCACGGCAGGCACCUUCCAGGGAACUGUCAUGUACAGACAAGGUGUAAAUAAACCGUUGGCUUUUCUUGCCUGA